GUGUGGACCUUAAGCGUCUCGACUCCAUGUCCUGUUUUUCCCCCACAUCGCCCAAUCGCGAAGAAGGGAGCGAGGGCCGCCGCCGCCGCCGCCGAUGUUUCUCAUGCCGUCCCACGACGCCGGCCUGCUGCCUCGCCCGAUGUUGCACUUCUUAAAGCCGCACUCUCCCCGUCCACCCAUCAAAUCUCCUCGCCGACGCUAUCGGCGCCGAUGCCGAGCACAGACGCCACUACACCCAUCGGCAGCAGGUGCGGCGGCGGGGGGCAGUAUCAGCAGCGGCGGAGAGCACAGGAGGGAUUAAUGUUGUAGGGGGGUGGCGACGGCGGCGAAGGCCUGGGAAGCGGCGGCGCAUCUCAAGGUCUCCGUUCGCUCCGCACAUGGGGUUAGGCUUGUGGUGGAGUUCGAGCAUGGAACAAGCGGGCGAACAAGGCAGCCUCCUGCCCAUAUUCGCAUGGUUAAAUUGUGGAACCCCAAGAAUAGGCGAACGCUUAUCUUUUGGUGGAUUCGGGGGCCUCCAUGCUUGGCGCGCGGCAUUGCCUCCUCACCAUCCCCCUCUCUUUCUCCGCCCGUCCUCCCCCAGCCCCGAUUCCAGUCCCAAAAUCGUCUCCUUUCCCCAUCCAUCGAGGAGCUUCUUGGCAAGAUGGGGAGGAAGGAGAAGGGAUUCAUGUGAGGUACCCAAUAGUAAUGCUAUCCAUGAUAAUUAUUUGAACUCACCAUCGCGUAAUUCCUGCAUGCCGUGGGAUGGAGGAACUGAAUGUUGAAGGAGCGCAGAAAGUGGAGGAACUGAAUGUCAAAGGGGUGCAGCAAGAGGAGGAACUGAAUGUUAAAGGGGUACAUCAAGUAGCUGUUGUUCCAGACACUGCCGGCUCACUGGAAAACUUGACUGAUUCAAAGCCUCUUGUUUCUGUUGUUUUUACUGAAAGUUCCCCAGAUGGUCAUAACAGACAUUUAAGUGAAGAUUUAAGUUCGCUUACAAUUAAUAAUAUACGUGUGAAUGGGGAGGAGAUUUGCCACAACCAAUCUAAGGGGAAUGGUCACAAUAGAAAUUUCAGUGAAGAUAUAGGUUCCCUUACAAUUAAUGAAUGUCGUGCAAACAAAGUAGAGGAAAAUUGUCAUGACCAGCUUGAAGGGAAGGAACAACAACAAAUUAGUCGCCAUAACUCAGCUGAAAGAAACAUUUUUAAGGCAGCGGAGAUCGCCGAACGUUUCAUUCAGGCUCUAGAUAAUAGAGUUCUUGUUGAAACUGCAGCACCGAUUGAAUCUGUUAAAGAUGCUGUUAGUAAAUUUGGAGGGAUUCUUGACUGGAAAGAGAGGCGUAAAAAUGUUCAACUCAAACUUGACAAGGUGCGGGAAGAAGGCCCCGAGUACCAGAGAAGAUUCAUAGCUGAAGAAGUUGAGAAAAGCAAAGUUCUGCAGGAGCUGUGUAGCACCAGGCGGAUCAUAGAAGGGCUGAAAUUAAGCCUGGAGAAAGCACAAACUGGAGCAUUGCAAGCACAGCAAGAUGCAGAGCUCGCUGAGAUACGAUACAAAGAGAUACAACAGGGUAUUGCUCGCAAAGAGAGUGCUGCAGUGAAGGCAGAGAUUGCUCUUGCCAAAGAACGCUACGCGACUGCCUUAGCAGACUUGCAGUCAGUUAAAGAGGAGCUAGAGCAGCUUGAGAAGGAACACACAGCUUUAAUUACGCAUAGGGAGAAUGCUGAGAUUAGAGCACAUGAAUCCACUGCCGCGUCUCAGGAGAUUGAGAAGAUCGUGGAGGACCUUACCCUUGAGCUCAUCUCACUGAAAGAGUCACUUACCUCUUCGCACGCUACCCACAUUAUAGCAGAGGAGCGAAGAAUAAAUGUGGCUUUGGCGUAUGAGCAAGAAAAGCUGGAUUCGCAGAAUGAGUUGAAGCAAGCUGAGGAGGAGAUUCAAAAGCUGAAUGGCGAGAUCUCGGCCAAUAAAGAUCUUGAGUCUAAGCUAGAAGCUGCUUCUGCGUUGCUGGCAAAUCUGCAAAGUGACUUUACUGCUUAUAUGGAAGGGAUACUGCCUGAGAAGGAAAGCGAGGUUGGAGAGAAAGUGCGAUCCAUGGUUAGUGUCCAGAUGAAGCUGGCAAAGACCAGGAAAGAGCUUGACGAUAUGAGGACAAACAUCGAAACGGCCAAGGAUGAGGUGAAAGGGCUGUGGAAUACUGCUGCUGCAUUACGAGCUGAUCUAGAGAAGGAGAAGGCAGACCUCACAGCAUUGAAAGAUAAAGUGCAUCAUGCAACAGUUUCUGUCUCGUCUCUCCAGGAAGAACUGAGAAAGACGAUGCGUGAACUCAGCGUUGUACAGGAGAGAACAGAAGCGGCUAAAAUGCCCAUAGAGCUACAGAAGGCUACUCAAGAAACACAACUAGCAAAGGCGAAGGCUCGGUUGGCCUGCGAUGAGGUUACAAGGGCUAGUGAAGAGGCAGACCGAGCUAAGGCAGACGUCAACAUUGUCCAGUUGAAGCAAGAAGCAGUUUCAAGGGAGAUACUCGCGGUUAAAGCAUCAGAAGAGAUUGCAAUGGCCUCAGCAAAUGCACUGCAAGAAUACAAAGAGGAGGGAGAAAUAGAUCCCCAAGCUAACCGAGGAAGUGACAAGAGCAUGAUGGUACCACUUGAAGACUACGAUGCGUUGAACAAGAGAGCAAAGGAAGCCGAUGACCGAGCUAAGAAGCGGGUUAUGGAGGCAGUUGAGAAGAUCAAGGAGGCCAAGGAGGGAGAGGUGAGGAGCUUGGAUAAGUUGCAUCAGCUGACCAAACAGAUUGAUGAAAGGAGGGAGGCGCUGAGGGACGCGCAUGAGAAAGUCAUCACAGCACAAGACAACAAGUUGACAAUGGAGAACGAGCUGAGGAAAAGAAGAGCCAAGCAUGGCCAACAUUACACGGCGGGCGAUGCCGAUCUCGCGAUUCCCGGUGUCUGCCUUCUGAAUGAUAGUGCAUGCUCUUUUGAUGCAGCGGGAUCGUCUGCUUCUCAUGCGCAAGGAGGAGGCCUAGGUAGAGCCGACACCAUCGCGACAACUGCAGCAGCAGAGCCAAAGGCGCGGAAGUCCUUCUUCCCUCGCUCCAUAGCGAUGAUGUUCAUGAAUAGGAAGAAGACACAUUCGAAGUGAACCUCCGUAGUUUGCUGAUUUCCUAUGGUAUGAUCCCUCUGUACAUGUAUCAAGUAGGUUACACAAUUUUUUUUACACCGAUUGUACUUAUCGUUCAGAAAUGAAAUCUGAUUUCGUCGGUCUGAGCUUGUCACCAACCUUGCAAUCUUUUCUCUUUGUCAAUGAAGCUGUCUUCGUU